AGCGACCAGCUUACUCCCAAUUCAAAUCCAAAGCCCACUGAAAGUUACUGCAUUGGAGACUCGAAACUUGGCGAUUAGUAUGAACCGACAGGGACGUGAAGGAACUGAAGAGCUGAGCGUGACGACUUAAAAGUGAUGCGAGAGCAAAGCAGGUUCAGGCAAGAUGAACUGGAUGCUGCAGAGAGGACAAGCGCCUCUAACUGCAGUGCCCAUCCAAAUCAGAUGUGGCUUCAUGACUCCAUGAGCCAGGAGCCAUACCAUGGACUCGGAGGCCGGCAGGAGCUCCCGGUUUGGCGGAACCAAUGGUCCGCCCGCCCACCUGUUUCCCGAGCUGCCCGCAAAACCAUUGGCCACUGACAUCAACGCACGGCACGUCAACACAUAUGACAUGUGUAUAUAUAGCUCAUUCUGCUGCACAAUACUCCAUGUACGCUCACGUUCUUGAGGAGUUUGUCCAAGUUUUUGAGUCAGAACGCAGCACAGCUGCACAGGGGAGGAUGAGGUUUGCAGUGGCGAGCAAAGCGUACAUGGCGGUGACGCUGGGCGCCGCCAUGGAGCUCAAGAAGCAGGUGGCCAAGCCGUGCUCGUCGGCGGCGAAGCGGGGCGCCGCGCCGGUGCUCGCGGCGCGGUCGUCGUCGUCGGCCGGCAGGGUCGACGGCGGCGGCGGCCACGGCGCCGAGGAGUCGCUGAGGAUGGUCAUGUACCUCAGCUGCUGGGGGCCAAGCUAAGGCUCUGCAGUCUGCAGCCGCGGCGGAGUGGCCAGUGCCGCAACUGCAUCUGCAUGUACAUGUUUCGAUCAAUGAGAUCUCUCGAUAACAAUUGCAACAUCUGCGUUCGUCCUCGCCGAGCUCCGAAUCCAGGAACCAUCGUGUUCUUGGUUGGAUGCUCGUCCAAGGCUCAAGCUAGAGCAAAGCUACAAGCCUACAACCAAGCUGACAUGUACAUUAGUAACAAGAUGAACUUAUAAAUAUGGAUCAGUUAGUUCUAUGACCAAGCUUGACAUGUAUGGAUAUGCACCCCUUUUGUUGUGUGCUUUUUUUUUUCUUGCACACAAUUGCAGAAACUUUGAUGAA